AUGCGUACCUACGAAGAUACUUUCUCUGGACAGAGAAUCUACCCUGGCAAGGGCAAGAUCUUUGUCCGCGGUGACUCCAAGGUCUUCCGCUUCCAGAAGGGCAAGUCCGAGUCCUUGUUCCUCCAGCGCAAGAACCCCCGUCGCAUUUCUUGGACCGUUCUCUUCCGUCGCCAGCACCGCAAGGGUAUCUCUGAGGAAGUCGCCAAGAAGCGCUCUCGCCGUACCGUCAAGGCUCAGCGUGCCAUCGUUGGUGCCUCUCUCGAUGUGAUUAAGGAGCGCCGUACCAUGCGCCCCGAGGCUCGCUCUGCCGCCCGCGCUGCCGCCAUCAAGGAGUCCAAGGACAAGAAGCAGGCCGCCGCUGCCGCCAAGAAGGCCGACAAGGCCAAGCUCGCUGCCACCAAGGGCGCUCAGCCCAAGGUCAGCAAGAUGCAGGCCAAGGGUGGUGCCGUCAACAAGCCCGCUCCCCACUCCCGAUAA